AUGGUGAGCGAGCUCCCCAACACCACCUGGCCCAAAGGAGCCUUCGUGGAAACUGUCAAGGUAUGGCAGCAGGAGUGGUUCUACAUCACCGAACCUCACGGCGCCACAUGGGCGGCCACUCCUGAGUUUAGAUUCGGACCCCCAAUGUGGCUCGCAUCGUGGACCAACAAGGGUCUGGACUGGGGGUCGACCGACGAAGUGAUGAUGCUGCAAAAGCACAUCAAAAAUAUGAUAGAGAAGAACACCAGUCUCCCUGAUGUGAUUCGGCGAUUCUUCAGCACAACACACGAAGAGAUCUGGAAGCUGCUCUUCAAGGCCCAGAAGACGUGGCCGGAGAUGACCGACAUCGGCCUCGACAGCGCGCAUCCGACCACCCCGUUUUCUGCUGCAUUGCUCAAACCAGUGUUUUUCUCGUAUUUUCAGGAAGCCGAACAGAUUAAACGGCUCGAAAGGCUUAAGCAAGAGAGGCAAAAGAGGAUCGCUGCAAGAAGUGGCGCAUCUAAUCCAACAUCAACACCGCCGCAGGCUAAAGCAAAACCUUCUCCAAAGGUUUCUCCCAGUACCCACAAGAGUUCGAAGUUCACUGACGCUGAACCAGGAUCCUCUUCGCCUCUAAGAAAAAUUAUUCCUGCCAGAAGCAGUACCCCAGGGAGUGAUCCUCACAAAACAGCCAAAGCAAGCAAACUCGGCGGUGACAGCUCAAGUGCAGUGAGCAAGUCAACCUCAUCACUGGCUGAGAUCAAAAAGGAGAAAAGUGGCAGAACUGAAUCGUCGAUUGAGCGAUUGAAAAAGCUUGCUGAACCUAAAAGCAAUGCUUCGACUGACCAUCCUUCGAAUCCCAAGUCAGCGAGCGCGGAUCACCCACGGAGAAGAAGCUUGCCGUUGCCGGAAGAUGUGCAGACCAAGAAAAUCUCUGCUAUAAUGCAGCUCGACGAGACCAAGUCGGCAGCCCUACCAGAGCUGAAAGUCAAAUCCCCCCGAACCCCUGCCACUGUCGUUGUGAAGAACAAGGCGGCGGCUAAAGUAGCAAAAGAGGCGCCACGUGGUGGACCUAAAGCACAUGCUACUUCAGAAAGUAGAGAUGGAAAGAAAUCUUCCAACGGUAAAGUUUCAAGGGUAAUCAGCAGUGAUGACAAUGUGGUGGUUGAGAAGACCGUCGUGAUGCUUGAAAACGAAGUGGUCUCUACGCCUCCUGUUGUUCUACCUCCUGGAAGAAGUGCAGAGAGCGAAACUCGCAGCGAUGACCGAAUGGACUAUCCCAGUCUGGAGCAGGAGUAUGUUGCCAUCAGGGCUCCACCUUCUCCCGUUGAUCUUCCUGAAGAUGCAAAUCCUACCAUCCAUGCAUCUGACAACCAGUUGAAUUCCUAUGAGGUGGAUGUGCCUGAGUACAAGAAGGAUGAGCUUGAGAAACCAGCCCCGCUGGCUCCAAUGGAGGAGAAGCCUUAUGAGGCCCCUUUUGCCAGGGUAACAUCAUUGGAGGAUGCUUCAAGCAAGACUCCUGCUUACAACCAGCACCCGUUACCUGCGCAGGAACCCGAGACACUUGCGCGUGCAGCGAGCGUGAGGGCACGCGUACCUGAGCCUGCUGCAUAUGCAGUCUCAGCCGAGGAGACACAUGGAGAAAAUGGCAAGCCUCGAAGCAAAGAACCGAAAGGCUUCAGGAAACUGCUGAAAUUCGGCAAGAAGAGCCACACUUCAACGAUGGAUUCUGAUGCAUCGUCAGUCGACGAAGCCCCUGCAGGAGAUGGUUCGAUGCUGAAAAACCUCAUUUCACAAGACGACUCUGCAGGCUCUUCUUACAAAGCUUCUCGGUCCUUCUCCCUGCUGGCGCCAUUCCGCAAGAACAAGGUGGUCGUGCUGUGAGGAUUUUCUUGUACUAUUUUUGUUGUUGAUGAGGCCGGCCAACAGCUUGAUUGGGUAUCGAUUGAGAUUAUUAGUUUGUUGAUUUCUUCUAGUAAAUACAUACAUACGUGCAUACUAUUUCGUAUAUAUAUACUUGCACUGUACGCUUGUGUUGUGUUGUUUGUAAGCAGUACUGUAUGUGUAAUCUGUCCUUUACAUUGUAUUACAAUCUACACAUCAACUCUUGCUCCUA